ACGAUCAAAAUAUGUGAUUUCGGCUUAAUGCGAGCAUUGGAAGAUAAUGAACGUCUAUAUGUGAUGUCUGCACAGAAGAAAGUUCCUUUUGCAUGGUGUCCACCAGAAUCUCUGAGAAAACGCCAGUUCUCACAUGCAUCAGAUGUUUGGGCGUUUGGUGUGACUCUAUGGGAAAUGUUCUCGUACGGAGAUGAACCAUGGGCCGGUUGUAGAGGCGCUGAGGUAUAUUUUUUGCAAUGCUUUUGUUUUUUAUUGAUUCGUUUGAGUGUUUUAAUGAUGGUUUUGACAAAAACGGAGGCAGGCGAACGUCUGAGUCGGCCGUUACGAUGUUCGAAUGAGAUUUAUGAUCUGAUGUCUUCGUGUUGGCUUCCAGAAGCAGAAGACCGACCUAGAUUCAGUUUACUCAGAAGCUUGCUUUCUGAUAUCAAGUUUAUGAUAGCUGAAGCACGUGAAGAAUGUUUAUCAACACAACAAUUAAGUUUAGAAUUGAAAGCCAAUGAUCGUGUGAUAGUUAUUGAUGGAAGGAAUGCACGUAUACUGGGACCGCAGAUGAUCACAUCUAUAAUCGACAUGCAUCCGUCAGCGAGAACUGCCGCUCCUGCAGCUUCAGACGAUAAUAAACAAAGCUCGUCGAAAAAACCCAAACCAUCCAUACCUACACUUGGACCGAACGCACCAAACUCAGGCGGACACUGGGACGAUUCGGCGCAAUCUCGAUCACAAACUGAUCCGUUUUCGCCGUUCAGUGACUAUGAGUUCGAUGUUGAUGAGGAGAAUAUUGGAAAUACGAUCGCAGAACUACAGCAACAAAGUCAACAACAGCCAUCUGUAUUGGAACCAAUUGUAGUCGCAGGUGGCCAGGUUAGGAAACCUACUGCGCUGGUUGAUCGUGAGACUUUAGCGAAUGCAUUAGCCUCACUUGGAGCUGCGAAAGCAGUAUCACCAAAAAGUGCCCGAUCGCAUUCAUUUCUAGCUCCGCGUGCUUCGACAUCAACUGCGUCCGUCACUCCGGCGCCACCCAUUCCUCCACAACCUGUCACGCAUCACUUAAAACCCACUCCACAGCCUGUAGAAACGGACACAAUGAAUUCGAAGAAAGGUACAUUUGUAGAAGAUGUCUAUUCUCAUUGA